GAUACUUGGUUUGAGGAAGAUCUUCACAUCUGUGUCAGAUGUUGACCUCUGGGUGUGGGGGAAGGAUGGGGCUGUGGAGCUGACAGCCUCAUUCCUCUGUGGCAGCUCUGAGUGGGCUUUGAGAUGGUUGCAGGCUCUUCUGCCCUGGGUGUACUCUUAAGAGUUGAUAGCUGUGGUCAUGAGCCUGUCCUGUGAGCUCCUCAGAGCUUGUUGUAACCACAGAGUCUUUUUGGUCAGCAGCUACAUUGAAGGUCCUCAGGACAUUUUUGCAUGCCUUCACUUGUUUCCUGUAGCAUCUCUGCCAGAGGAGGGGUGGGUGAGGUGCCCAGGCUUGCCAGAGGACAUCAGCUCUCCUGGAUUGCUUGAGGGCUCCAAGACAAUGAAAUGGCGCCAGGGGAUCGGAGAGCCCAGCGUGUACCACGCCGUGGUGGUGAUCUUCCUGGAGUUCUUCGCCUGGGGGCUGCUGACGACGCCGAUGCUGACGGUGUUGCACCAGACUUUCCCUCAGCACACUUUCUUGAUGAAUGGCCUGAUUCAUGGAGUCAAGGGUCUGCUUUCUUUUCUAAGUGCCCCUCUGAUUGGUGCUCUCUCUGAUGUCUGGGGCAGGAAAUCCUUCCUCCUCCUCACUGUCUUCUUCACCUGUGCACCAAUUCCCCUUAUGAAGAUCAGUCCUUGGUGGUACUUUGCUGUCAUUUCCAUGUCUGGAGUCUUUGCUGUCACCUUUUCUGUCAUCUUUGCUUACGUUGCUGAUAUCACCCAGGAGCAUGAACGCAGCACAGCCUAUGGCUUGGUCUCAGCCACGUUCGCUGCGAGCCUGGUCACCAGCCCAGCCAUUGGGGCCUACCUUUCUGAGGCCUAUGGUGACACCUUGGUGGUUGUGCUGGCUUCAGGAGUGGCUUUGCUGGACAUUGGCUUCAUCCUGCUGGCUGUGCCUGAGUCUCUGCCAGAGGAGAUGCGCCCAGUCUCUUGGGGAGCCCCAAUCUCCUGGGAGCAAGCAGACCCCUUCGCUUCCUUGAGGAAAGUGGGUCAGGACUCCACAGUGCUGCUCAUCUGCAUCACAGUCUUUCUCUCCUACCUUCCUGAAGCUGGCCAGUACUCCAGUUUUUUCCUCUACCUGAGACAGGUCAUUGGUUUUUCCUCAGAGACUGUGGCAGCCUUUAUUGGUGUGGUUGGAAUCCUCUCUAUCCUGGCACAGACAGUAGUGCUGGGAAUUCUCAUGCGUUCCAUAGGGAAUAAGAACACCAUCCUGCUGGGCUUGGGCUUCCAGAUCCUGCAGCUUGCCUGGUACGGCUUCGGAUCGCAGCCUUGGAUGAUGUGGGCAGCAGGAGCUGUGGCUGCCAUGUCCAGCAUUACCUUCCCAGCCAUCAGUGCCAUGGUGUCCAGGAAUGCAGAUCCUGACCAACAGGGUGUGGUGCAGGGGAUGAUCACUGGAAUUCGAGGUCUGUGCAAUGGCCUGGGGCCAGCACUCUAUGGCUUUGUCUUUUAUCUCUUCCACGUGGAGCUGAACGAGAUGGCUGAGGUGGAAACUUUGGGGAAGGCCUCCAAACCCAACAUGGCCAACCCCACAGACGAGAGCAGCAUUAUCCCAGGGCCUCCCUUCCUCUUUGGGGCCUGCUCUGUCCUGCUGUCCCUGCUGGUGGCCUUGUUCAUUCCCGAGCACAACCUGACGCUGAGGGCAGGAGGCCACAAGAAGCACAGCAACGGAGCCCAGACCCACACCCACGGCCCCCAGGCUGCAGGCUCAGAGGGCAAGGAGCCCCUGCUGGAGGACAGCAGUGUGUGAGGCUGGCAGAGAAAGCCUGGCUCGUGUCUCAGCUCCAGAGCAAGGAUGGACUCAGCAAGUGGGAGUUUGGGAUGAGAGGGUGAGGGGAGAGACCCGAGGUGACAAACUGUGCCACCAGCAGCCAGUGAGGAGGGACAGGGCUUCCCUCCAGCCAAACACACCCAGCUGGUGCAGAAAGGGGCCUGUGUUGCCUGCUGCUGGUGGGAGGGGGAGAUGCUGGGCUGCUGCUUGGGAAGUGAUGGCGUUGGUUGAGGCUUGUUGGUGAGAGCAAACCUGCCCUGGUCCAUGAUAGUGAACUUCCUGGUGUGACCUGCCAAACGUUUGACCCACCAGGGAGACCUGAGGGGCUGGCACUGUCUGUGCUCUGCUGUGACCUGCCCGAGCUGGCAGCAGAAGAAACCAAGGCUGCUGUGUGCCCAACCCCUUCUGUAACUGGGGCUUGCUGCUGACCCCAGCACAGCUCAGUGGGCUUGGCCUGGGCAGAGGCUCAGCAGCAUCCUGAGCUGUGAGGACACACCAAGGAACAAACUGUGUGGAGGAGCAGAUGGUGUGGCCAGCUGUGAGCAGAUCCUCACUGCCUGAAGGGCUGAGGGUUUGGCUCAUGCUGGCCCAAGUAAACUUAGACCAAAAAAUACCCCCAAAAUCUCACUUAAUGUUCUGGUGAAGUGAAGUUGCAGCUGAGCCAAGGCAGAAGGGACAGAUGAAAGGAGGGAAACUGCAACUUAAGAGUCCUGAGAUGGUCACCACCACCUGCAGUCCUGUUUGGGUUUGCUUUUUCAGUUGGUGCACUGAACUAAUGUUUCUCUGUUGCUGCCUCCAGAGGUGUGGUAGGUAGAAAGAUGGUUUUAUUCAGGAGUCUUUGGAGGUUUUAUUUCUGGAUCCACAAAGGUUGUUGAGGAACAACUAAACUCUGCUUGGAGUGUGGCUUUCUGAGAGAGAGGCCAAAGAAGCAGCUGUUUAUCUUCAGCCCUUCCAAAAGGCAUUUCCUUUCCCCCCCCUAGGCUCUUGCCAUCUGAUAUUAAAACCAGAUAAUGACUGUUUUUUCUCAGUCCAAGAGUUCCUGAUGUUGAUGAUUGCAAUCAAUUUGGGAUUUGGAUUCCAUCUGGUGGCACAGAGCCUGCUGUGAAGGCUUUCAUUUGGUUAAAAAACAGAAUUGCAACCUCUGCUGCAAGGGUUCAGCUCUGUUUAGGGAGAGCAGCAGGUACCUGGACCUGAGAGAUGUGAAAGAAGCCAAGACAAACACAGAGGGAAUGCUUUGGCUGUUUAUAGAUCUGGUGGAGGGCAGGAAGCUGUUGUUGCCAUUUGGGUCAGAUCAGGAAUCGUGGCCUUGAGCAGUCACUGGGGGAGUAAGGACCAAAAUGGGGAAUGCUGAAGGAAGGAAUUAAAGGACUUGAGGAUGCUGAAGAAAGGAGUGAAAAGGAAUUGAGGAUGCAAUGGCCAAAAAGAGUCAUCCAUCACAGAAUGCUUUGGUUGAAAGGGACCUUAAAGGAUAUUUAGCUCCAGGCCCCUGCCAUGGGCAGGGGCAUCUCCUAAUCCUGUGUGGGAGUGGGGUGAAUGCAGCAGCUGGGAUCCCUUCUCUGUGGGUGUGGGGUAGGGGAGCAGGGCUGGGAGGGAGGGGGCACUGCCCCUCAGCACCCUGGGGCAGCAGGGCUGGUGUGGUGCCUGUGCAGCACUGACUGCUGAGUUUAGUGGGAAACACCAACCUGGGGAGCUCAGUCCCUGCCCCACAGCUGGCAUGGGCAGGGCAGAGCAUUGCCCACCCUGCCCAGCUCUGGCACUGCAGCUGCUCAGCAGAGAGGGACCUGAGCUCCCAGUGUACCCAGGGCCUGGUGCUGUCUGUGCUUGGUAGUGGCAGGGCUGGUGGAUGUUGGCUUUAGACAGGUUCAGAGCUGCAGUUCCCUGGAGGUGUUUUAGCCACCUGUCGGAUGUUGGCAGCUGGAACUGCUGCCUGGCAGGGCUGGGCUGAUCAGCUCACAGCUGUGGCAGUUUUCCUGAACCAGUUUGUUGCUGGAGGUAGACACUGAAGUGAAAAACUUCCCAGUUUGGUUUGCAUUCAUCCUGUGAGGAGCUGGUUGUUGAGAGCAGCUUUCUUGGACACCGAGGGCUUGCUGCAGUCCCUCAGUGUCCUGCCACAUCUCCUCUCUCCCAGGCUCACCAAGGUGAUGCUCCACAUUCCCAAACUGGGCUGGUCUGUCCUGCUUGCCUGCACAGCCAGCUCCUUUCCUACAGGAAAUCCAAUCACUUCAACUUGCAGGCAGCAAUCCCAGCUCUCUACUGCUCACAAAAUGCCUUUUUUUCCCCCUUUCCUCCUCUGUCUUCAGACCAGAGCUUCCCCAGGUCCAUCUGUGAUGCAGUCACUGAUACGAUUCACCCGAAUAGGUUUGUCCCUCACCCGUUAAUGAAGCGAGAGGAAGCGCAGAGUCGUUCCCUCGUUGGCACUGAGGCACUUGGAGCUGCACGGGUAGAGUUGAGUGGCAGGUCAGAAGAGGUGAGCAGAGUUUCUAUGGUAUAAAAGUAUAGAGAGAUAUAUUUUUAAAAGCCCUUUCCUUUACUGAAUAGUUUCUUGAGUCCAUUUCUAAUCCUGAUCCCUUCUCGCUCUCUCCUGCUGCUGCCUCAGCUUCUCCCAGCCCUUCAGACAGCAGCACCCUCGGGUGAGCUUCCCUCUCCCUGGGAGCUGUCACAGCACCACGUCCGCAUUACCCCCCCAGUGGUGCCAACAUCCCUAACUUGAGAGUGGUGCACCAGGAGUGUUUGGUGGCUUUGGGGCUGGGUGAUGCCAUGGGGCAGGGGCCGAGGGCUGCGCUGCGGAGCGGCUGCUGGCGCUGACAGCAUAAAGGUGGUGGGGUCAGGGUGGGGUCAGGGUCUCCUCACACUGCUGCCCCUUUGUCCUGACGCUGGUGGGGGGACAGGCAGGGAUCUCCUACCACCGCCCCGGAGUCCCUCUCCUUUGAUCCAGCCCCAGGUUAAAGCCCUCCCCAUCGACGCAGGGAUGUGACCUACCAACCCUUCUGCCUCGUAAGGGACCGGGGGGGGACAUGGCAAAGCCAAGCGGUGGAAUCGCCAAGACCCGAAUGAAGAAUGUCUCAUUCUGAAGGGCUUGGGAGUUCUGCGGCGUCCCAGGUGGAGCUCGGGAGGGGCAGAGGCAGCACUCAGCCAGUUGUUGUUUAGGGUUUUGGGGUUGGGUUUUUUUUUUGCCAACUUUUGUUACUUCUCUCUGGAAUCGUUUUUUUAACGGAGCCUUUUCUUAAACCACUUCUUCAGCUGCGCCUCGGAGCCGCUGGGCAGUGCCUGAGCCCUGCCUGCUGCCACCUUCUUCCCAGCGCUUCUCCCCAGACCCUCCUCUUCUUCCUCCCUCCCUCCCUCCACCACCCCGAAUCGUUCAGCUUGGUAACAGCAGUGCCUGGAACACAGGAGGCAAAGCAAAAGUUGGCUGAAUUGCCUCUUUUGGUGGCAGUUUAAGCUGAAAUCGUUGCUUUCACUUCUGCCAAACCAUUCACUUUUUGCUUCACUUCUUUUUCUCCUCCCUCUGCACUCGGAUCACAGGAUCAGAGGAUGUUAGGGGCUGGAAGGGGACCCAAAGAGAUCAUCGAAUCCAACCCCCCCCCCCUCCUCCCCUGCCAGAGCAGCACCACACAGUCUAGCACAGAUCACACAGGAACACAUCCAGGCAGGCCUUGAAAGGCUUCCAGAGAAGGAGACUCCACAACCUCUCUGGGCAGCCUGUGCCAGGGCUCUGGGACCCUUCCAGGCAAGAGGUUCCCCCUUGUGUUGAGCUGGAACCUCCUGUGGCUGGCUGCUGCCACCUUGGAUUCUCACUGCAGAGCAGCCAAAGCUCCAAGCUCUCUGUUUUACUGUCGCCUGCAUUUCUCUCUCUCUCUCUCUUUGUAUCUUUUGGGUUUUGAAGCUGCUGCUGAAAUGUGUUUCUUUCAGUUCAGGUUGUGUUCAGAACUGGCAAAUCUCUGCCCUCCGAUGGAUUAUUUAUUAAACUGCUGCUUUCCUGUUGUGUUGAA